AUGGCUAGACUGCCGCCGACCAGUGACUCCGGUCGACUACUGCCAGUGGUACCCAAAGACCCUCUCACUAAUGCAUUAGAUGCCAUUGUGGUCAGUACUGAUCUCAUCGAGGAUGAACUCCGACCUCACCUGGAAACAGUACUUACUGUCAUACAGGAAAAACAGCGUGGGGCUGCAGAACACGUGGCAGUGAGUGGUGUAUUACCUACUCUGGCUCAAGCCCUUAGGAGGAGAGGACCGCUUACUUUAAUUACUGCUAAACUGGUGUCAGAACUGGCCAGAGAAACGGUGAUCAGGGAGAGGUGUGGUGAGACAGGGGUGUCAUCUGCUCUGCUGUCUGUGCUGCUCUCCAGGGAUCAGGAGCUGCUGAUACACGCUGGCCGCGCUAUCGCUCGUAUCUGCUACGAGAGCCGGUGUCAACAGGAGCAGUUGUUGCGUUUGGGGGCGGUCCCUAGGCUGGUCGGAAUCCUGCUGGGUUUUAAAAGCAACCAGGCUCUGGAGGGUGUGUGUCUUGUGGCCCUGUGUAACCUAGGUGACAUGGGAGAGGGGGGGGAAGAUGGAGGUAUAUCGUGGGAGAGAGGCGUGUCGCUAUGUCCCGAGGAGUCUGUGUUUCGUGGCGUGACUUGUCAUUCCUGCGGCUUUGGCUCCAUGGUUACAGUCGUCAGACUGACCCAGUGGUCGCCCGGGCAACACACCGUCAGCAUCGAGGUGUUAUCCCGUUACUCCAUCGGGUUCUGGACAAUGCAUAACAACCGCCGGACAGUGCGACGUUCGCCACUCUCUCACCUGGGAACGUGUCCUAGGUUCUACAAAGCCAUCAAGUACUCCGUCCAGAACAUUCCCAACAGUAGAAGCCUCAAGUCACUGAUCUUCCACAUCUUCCUUUGA